CUAAUUGCAGAAGAAAUGACGGAAACAAAAAUAGAAAAUGGAAACGCAAAUCAGAAUGGGGAUUCAGUAGAAUCCAAACCAGAAGUAGACGCUAAACCGGAAGUAGAAUCCAAACCGGAAGUAGAGGCCAAACCGGUGAAAAGAGAUCUUGAUGAUUCUGAUGACGAAUCUCCAGCAGCUCGGAAGAAAAUCAAACCAGAGACCAAAGCAUCAUUGGACUGUCCAUACCUUGAUACAAUUAAUAGAGGAGUUCUUGACUUUGAUUUUGAGAAGCUUUGUUCUGUUUCCCUCUCCAGGAUUAAUGUGUAUGCUUGUUUAGUCUGCGGAAAAUAUUUUCAGGGUCGAGGAAAGAACACGCAUGCCUACACUCAUAGUGUGAGUGAAGGGCACCGAGUUUAUCUCAACCUUGAGUCUCACAAGUUCUACUGCCUUCCGGACAACUACGAGGUCAUCGACGCAUCCCUCGGGGACAUCCUGUACGUGUUGAACCCGACCUUUAGCAAGGACCUUAUCAAGAAGUUGGAGUCCUCAGCCAGGGAAAAUAGGGCCUUCUACGGAACAAAAUAUAUACCGGGAGUAGUAGGUUUGAACAAUAUCAAGGCAAACGAUUACUGUAAUGUGAUUCUACACGCGCUCUCCCACGUUCAGGGGUUAAGAAACUAUUUCCUGGACGAACAUAAUUACAAGAAUAUAAAGCGGCCACCAGGAGAUCAAAGCUUUCUUCUAGUUCAGAGAUUUGGAGAGCUGAUCAGGAAACUAUGGAACCCAAAAAAUUUCAAGGCCCACGUAUCUCCCCAUGAGAUGCUGCAAGCUAUAGUACUCUGCUCCAGAAAGAAGUUUGAGAUUACCAAGCAAGGGGACGCUGGUUCCCUUCUACCCUGGAUUCUAAACUCUCUACACAUGGCGCUGGGGGGAACCAAGAAGAAGAACUCCUCUAUCAUCUACCAACAGUUCCUGGGUUCUAUGAGGAUUCACACCAAGAAGAUUAUGCCAGCUGAUGCUGAUCCUAAGAAGCAGAAGGAGCUUGAGAAAUCAGGAGAAUAUGAUUGGAAGAUUGAAGAGUCUCCGUUCUUGUACCUGACCUCUGAACUGCCUCCUCCACCUCUAUUCAAGGAUGAAUUCCACGAGAAUAUUAUUCCUCAGGUGUCUCUGUACAACAUCCUGGCCAAGUUCAACGGUCAGACAGAGAAGGAGUAUAAGACCUACAAGGACAACUUUCUCAAGAAGUUUGAGUUGGUCAAGCUACCACAGUUUAUUAUCCUGUAUAUUAAGAGGUUUACUAAGAACACCUUCUUUAUGGAGAAGAAUCCAACAAUUGUUAACUUCCCUGUAAAAAGUAUCGAGUUCGGGGAUUUACUGAGUGAGGAGGAUCGUGCUAAACACCCUGAUGGAACUACCUAUGACUUGAUGGCAAAUAUUGUUCACGACGGAAGUUGGGAGAAAGGAAGCUAUAAGGUAAAUUCCGAUCUAAGUUCUCAUUUAAUUGAGCAUAUUGAAAUUAAAGUAAAUUGGGAUGGGAGGACAUGAUUAUCUACGAAUUAG